AUGCAGGCAGAAGUCGCACACAGCCAUGUGCAGUAUGCUCUUUGGCAAGGGCACGGCGACGACGACGACGAUGACGUCGAAAUGCAAGAUGACACCGUCGAGUAUCCCUCGCUUCAGCUUGCUCAGCACAUGCACGCCCACAGGUCCCCCUCGCCUGCUACUCCUCAGAGCGCACAUGCACGAGCUAUGCAGCGCACGCAAGACUGGGGCAAGCUCGUCAUCGUGCUAGACACCAAUAUCCUCAUCGACAGUCUCGACCUCGUCGCCCGUACUGUCGUGAGCUAUUCCCGUCCUGCGCAGACAUCGCUUGCCUCCUCAGCUGCAACUGCGAGCCCAACACUCUUUGCGCCGCAUCCCGUCACUUUCAUCGUACCGUCUAUCGUCGUGAACGAGCUUGACGGCUUGAGCAAAGGCUGUCAAUCUACUCGAACGGGUGAUCAUGCGAAUACGGUCGCAUUGGCUGCUCGAGAAGCAACGACCUGGCUAGCCUCCGUCACUCGAGAGCUUACUCAAUCAACCGGCUUGUUACAGAUUCAGAGCAAGGGCGACGUGCCGCCGCGGUCAGCGUUGCACACCACCCCCGACGACGUCAUACUGGACUGUGCGCUACAUUGCAGAGCUCAGAGACCAGAUCUGCCUGUCUUGCUGAUGACGAACGACGAAAACCUCGCGCUCAAAGCGCAGACAGAGUCAAUACGCGUCCUGAAGACCAACGGCAGGGCGCGAGUGCGCAGCCCCGAGGGCCUUGUAGCUUCAGCAGAGCUACUAGCCCGCUCAAGCACAAACACUAUCUCGCCAGAGCAUUCACCGAGUUUGUCGAACAACAUCAGCCAGCUGUCAGCAUCCGAUGCCGUCUCCCUGAUCAUGAACCAGAUCUCGGACUUCAUAGCACACAAGCUAGCCUGGCCCGUCUCUUACCACAUCUCACAUUCGUCAGAUUUCGACGCAUCCGAUCUGGCCUAUACUCUCGGUAACAGAGGACGCAAUGGCGCGAGGACGCUCACGAUGCACGACUGGCACGACUGGGAUUGCCUUCGUGUACUCGAACUCAUUGUUCGCUAUUGGUUCUUGACGUUCGAGGCUGUUCUCGCCGCGCCGUCCCAAAAGACCUCGAAUACGCCAGAGUCAACAAGAUCACGGUGGGCGACACCCAGACGAUCUGGCGCUACACGAGCACGCGCGGAUCAGAUCAAGGACCGCCUUGAGCGCGUCCGAAGGCAGAUGGAAGCCUGGAUGGUCGGAUCGGCGGAUCCUUUCAACUGGUCCCAAUCACCCUGGCUCACUUUCCUUGGCGACGUUGCCGUGCUACUAGACGCAGACUGGCUCAACGAGCCUGCGGAGGAACGUGACAGGCCAAUCAGUAUGGACGAUGAUGUGGGUACCUGGCCAGGUCGGCAUGCCGGUCAGGCAAUGCUCGAAGAAUGGAAGAGCAUCAUCAGAGCAAAGAUCGCAGCAUGA